AUGGCGUUCAAAUUGCCAAUUUUCAUCACUCUUGUGAUAUUGUGGGAAACUUGUCUCGUAUCUGGGGGGUCUUUGAAAGACAUUGAGCAUGUUGUCAUUUUCAUGCAAGAGAAUCGCUCGUGGGACACCGUGCGCUUUACCCUACCCAAGGUCUACUUCGUGCUAAUGGAAUCACAGUAUUUUGGCACUAUGCCUGGAGUCCGCGGCUUUAAUGAUCCUAAUGUUCAGGUGAACUCCGAUGGAAAUUCGGUCUGGCAUCAACUAGUCGAGCCGUCCCAGUCAAACAAGACCAAGACAUUGCUCCCCUGGUAUCUUGGCCAUCAAGGCGGUGACUGGCAUGAUGCCAUCCAGUGUAUGGUGGCGGGUAGUAACGGGUACCAGGAGAACCAGCAAUCCCUGAAUAAUGGGUUGAACAAUCACUGGGUGACCAAAAAUACUCCCUGGAGCUGGGGAUAUCUGAAACGGCAAGACAUUCCGGUCCAGUUUGCUAUCGCGGAAGGUUGGACAGCGGGAGACAUGUACCAGGAAAGCCAAAUUACUGCCACAAACCCUAACCGAGUCACUUUAGUUAGCGGUUCCAUCAAUGUUCCUGGUGGCCCCCAGAGCAAGGACCAGGGUGGUGUAUAUAUCGACAACAACGAGAUACCAGGCUGCGACAACCAUGGUAUUAACUGUUACCCGCUGAAAUGGAAGACUGUUUAUGAUUUCUAUGAAGAAGCAGGGGUCUCCUGGCAACUCUUCCAAGGCGCAAACAAUUUCGACGAUAACCCUUUGGCUUGGUUCCAGCAAUUUCAAAACGCCCCUAAGAAUAGCCCGUUGGCUAAAAAGGGCAUGUCUUUUGUUGGCCUUGAUUCUUUCUACCAGGCUGCAGCCAAUGGAACAUUGCCUGAGGUCAGUUUCAUCGUCGGCCCGGCCGAACUAUCAGAGCAUCCGCCGUAUAUGCCGAAGGAUGGAGGCUGGCUUCAGAAGAAUGUGGUUGAUGCUGUUACCAGCAGCCCGAAAUACAACUCCACUCUUCUGAUGAUCAGCUUUGACGAGACCGGUGGAUUUGGCGACCACGUCACUCCCUUCCAUUCCCCUAAGAAUACUCCGGGAGAAUGGAUGGAGGAUCCCCUAGGCCUGUUCUCCGAUAUUUUUGUAGGGCCUGGUUUCCGAGUCCCUUUUUAUAUGGUCUCACCCUGGACUCGAGGAAACCGCGUUUUUACCGAACGCGCAGAUCAUAACUCUCAGAUCCUCUUCGUUGAAGAAUGGCUGACCGCCCGCGGACACGAAAAUAUCACAACAGACCAAAUGGUCCCCUGGCGACGCAAUCACAUGUCUAAUCUUGUCAAUGCUCUUGACUUUGAUCACCCAGACUACUCUCUUCCUCGGCUUCCCGAUGCUGGAACAGUGGACACCAACGAAAAGGGCGAUUAUACUGGUACAUCUAAUUGUCGAUCUCGGCACAAGCAGACCCGACCUGAUGUCCCCUAUGGAGAGCAGGGAAAUGCAACAGAUACCAAUGCCUUAUGGUUUGAAGAGGGCUUUAAAGAGGUGAUAGGACAUCUCACCGAGGGCCGUUAUCUUGUCUUCGAGAAGAAUGGAGCAGCCAUCACAAACCCAAGCCACGGUGAUAGCCUUGGUUCCAGUCCUGCAAGCCCCCAACACAAUGAUAAAUCGCAGCGUUGGGUGAUCCACUAUACCCAUGAUGAGGAGAGCCAUAUAUUUACGAUCUCCAGCGCGCUAGAUGGCCGUUGGGUUGGCACGAGUGGCACUUUGCUUCCCCAGAGCCAAAGCGGAAAUGCAGCUCAUGUGAAAUUGGCAUUCUUAGGUCGUGGCCUUGGCUACACCAUGCAAUUUAUGGAGCGAGGGGAAUAUAUGGAUAUUGACCGGCUAGGACACUUGAAUUUUAAUGACCAGAAGAGUAACCCUGUCAAUGGUUACAAGGUCUUUAGUGUUUCGUUCCGUGAUUGA